CCCCGUCUUAAGUCCUUAACAAACAAGUCGUAGAUAAGGGGUCAAGAACAAGCCUUCAGUGAGUGAUGUCUGCUCAGACUUUUUCAACGUGACAUUAUUUCUAUCCUCGGGACUGUCCGGAGAAACGUCCACUCUUCUCUGACCGGAUAAACUGUCUGACACUUUUGACUGUUUUUAAGAAUUUGACGCCGAUGGGAUGUAGAGAUGGCUUCUCCAUCAACAUCAACGACAGGACAACUUACAGAGAGUAAUGCAGAGCUUUCACGCCUGGGGGGCAUUGAGGCCUUGAAGUUGAAAGUCGGGCCUGUGCGUAGGAACCUCUUUGGACCUGUGGACCACCAGCAGCUGCAGAGGGACUUCCAGAGGCUGCUCUGCAUGAGCGUGGAGGUCGCCAACAAGCGCUGGAACUUCGACUUCCAGACUGAAAAGCCAGGCAGGGGCUCCAGUGUGGAAUGGGAAGAGCUGAGGUGCCAGGAUGUUCCGGCGUUUUAUCGCAGCUGCACGGUUAAACCUGCGCCACAUCCUCUGGGGAAAAGACGAUCACCGUGGUCGUCACGUGAGGGAUCGCCAGGGUCCAGCAGCUCCUCAGGGUCUGGAGAUGAGUACCUGGAGGUGACCACCCGAGGGUACUACCGAAUCAAAUUGCAAGGCAAACGCAGACAGUCAUCCAUCACAGAUUUCUUCAAGGUGAAGAAGAGGAGGCUGCUGCAUCAUAAGGAACCCUCUCGGCAGUAGAGAAGUUCAACUAAAACCAGCAGAUGAUCACUUAGUGAUCAACAUCCUGUCUACACCUCAAAUAGAUAUGUCUCAUAUCAAAUGUAUAUAUGUAGCAUUUUCUAACUGACUGUCAACAAGCUCAUGCAGCAUGGGCUUAAAAAUAUCUUCCGACGUCAUAUACCUUUGUUCUCAGCGCAAGGAAGCUACCAUAGUCCUAGUAAAUCAUGCUCAAAAUUCAGAAACGGUUUUUAUUAAAGCGAAAUAUAUAUUCUAUAAAUACUUUAUACGUUUUCUUCAGCUUUAUACUGUGAAAUUAUUCUGAAUGCACUCUUAUAACAGGAAACAGGCUCCAGUUUGAGAGGUUAAUUUUCUCCUGAACGGGCCUAGGAUAGUAUUUGACCUCAGUCCUUGACCUUUCUCCCCCUCUUGCUAAAAGUCACAAGAGGCUUUUGAUUAGAAGAGAUACUAUUCCUGGCCUCACUUUUCACUCAGCCUUUAGUCUCACCCAAAGGCUCUAAAAGCAUGAGUAGAGCUGGGGGUCGAAAACUCACCCAGGGCUCAGUUUGGCAGUGCGACUGUGAUUAACACCAGGAUAAACGUCAACGGUGGAGGAUGAGCGAUGAGGUUAUGCCUGUUUGAUAGUGACUUAAAUUCUUAGUAAUAAUAAUGAUGUUUCAUAUGUGACUAUUUAUUUAUUAUUCAAGAUGCUAGAUCAUCGAAAAAUGAAAAGAAUAAAAAUUAAAAACAUAGACCAGCAGUGCAUUAAACGAGGUAAGAUGAGGUGUUUGUGGAAACCUGUGCCGUUGCCCCUAAAUAAUGCGUUAGACUGUAAGUCAUUAUGGCUCUUUUACGCUCCACCGUUGCCACUCAAAAAUAAUGACCGUAAUUAUUACCACCAUCAAAACAUAGCAAAAUAUAUACCAACUUAAUUCCUUUUUUUUUUGCUUUGUAUUAUUGCAUAAUGGGGUUGUAAAAAAUCUAGAUGUUUUUUUGGCAACAGACAUGAACAUACCUUAUAUAACUGUGUUUGCCAGCUUUAUGCUUGUAAUAAUGUAGCAUUUUCAACUCUUUGGGUUUUUUUGUUUGUUUUUCUACAAGGCACCUAAGGGGACAUGGGUAGAAGAAAAAAUAACACUAGAAACUCUCUGUGAGUUUUCUGUGCUCAAGAAGGGCAUUACAAAUUCUCAAGAUAGUUACUGCUGCUCACAACACAUAAAAUGUGUGUGCGUAUAGGUUCUUUGCAGACGAUGCCAUGCUGUAGAGGAGAACUCCUGCUGGGGGGCAAGUGGGGAUUUAUGCAUAGAAAGAUGCUAACCAAAAAGGCCAUGUUUUGAGUAUGCAAAUCCUUACGCUGCUUUUGUGUCCUGAAAGUAGUGGAUAUUGUGUGACGCUGGGAUCAUCCACAAGCUCUGAACUUACCAGUGUUUUCUCAAGCUUUGUUAUGGGGAAUCCGUCUCUUUUUAUAGAUCCAAAUCAUUUGGCUCAGCUCAGUUUAGCUGGUUGCUUGGCUCUCUAACCACUUUCAAUUUGAUAUCAGUUCAGCUUUCUAAAUGUAGAUUAAACCAGUGGCUCCUAACUUUUUCCCCCUAAGGGACCCCUCCUUGAAGGUAAGAAAAGCUAAACAACCCAAGGACCCAAUGGGAAAAGUACACUUCUAAUUGUUUUCAUUGACAAAAUCCCAAUAUAAAGGGCCCACAGACACUUGCUCUUGAAAAAAGAUGUGUGUACAAACUAACUAGGACAGCGUAUUAGAACUGUUUAUUUUCAAGACACCAACUCAAAAUUCUCAAGUUUAAAAAGUCGUUGAUUUAUGAGAAAAAAAGUUGUAAAUGUGCGUGAACCAACACUGGAGUUUUGAGGUUAUAAAGUCAAAAACCAACCAAUUUUUUAGUUUGGUUUCUUGUAAAUUUUUGACCAGACCCCAGGUUGUUAACCACUGGAUUAAAUACUGACCACUUAAGCUACAGUGGCUCACAUUAAAGUCCAUGGUCUCCCUGCCAUGGGUAAACUGUGGAAAAAAAUAUAACUUUUUUUUGUAAAGUGUAGGGAUCGUUCUCAGUAUAGGUAAAGAUUUUCUCAUGAUAUCUGCAGCUUACACUGCAGAACUGUAAAGUACUAACUGUCCUCUGCUCCCAUUCAUUCUUAAUGGAUGCCCCGUCUUCUUGCCCCCCAGCAAAUUCACGUGACUGCAAAGAACCCAUCAGUUUCUCUCAAUAACUUCAAGACAGGAACAGCCAUUCUGUCUCAUAGGAUGAAUUAAACAUCCUGUGUGAUCUCUUAAAGCUGGGGAUUCCUCAAGUGUACUUCAUGGGACGGUUUCUGGUCUUAUUUUUAAUCCCAUGUCCCUUCAGGGUUCUGUGCUUUCCUCUAUGAAGGGAAUCUAGUGUUUUCACUUUGCUGCAGCUCAGAGGAACCAGCCUUUUAGUUUCACUUUUGAUCAUUGUUGUUUAUAUGAAGAGUGGAGCUGCUUCACACUUCCCUGUCGCUGUGCAGUCCUACAAGUGUUUGCAUUGUGUACAUAUGCAUAUAAGUGUUUGUGUAUGAAUGGGAUGGUUUGGUGUUUGGUUUUUUUUGUUAAAGUUGCAGCAGUUGAACCAAAGAGGACUUGCUGUAACUGAAAAACAGUAUGGUAACUCUAAUAGGACAUCCCUACUUUAAUAUGGAUUAAAGCCAUAAUCUAUGUUAAUCCAUUCUAACUACCUCAUCAAGCAAAACAAACCUACACUAAAAAAGUGUCGAAGCUGAGGUUGUUUGUGGUGAAAGAGAGGCAGAAAGCUAUGGGGGUUCAGCUCUCUCAGUGGAGUUUCACAUCAGGUAAAAGAGUCAGUGUGUCAGAGCGGAGGAAACUCCCGUCCCUGGUGUAGGGGUGGGGGGUUGUUGUUUAUCCCGCUCAGAGAGAAAGGGGCCUCAUUUGGUUUUCCCAGAAACAGGCAGAGCAGAGGAAGAGGGGGAGGACGAGGAAAACUUUUAUUAGCAAACAUUCAAGAGAAAACGUCUAAGACCCCGUCCGGAUCAAAGGAUUUCUCCUCAGACGGGCUUUUGUCUGCCUCCUUAAGUGUCUCUCAGCCUCUCUUUCACAGACGAACCGCCUCUGCCUUGGCGAAUAAAGCUGUCGUUCAUAAUCACAUUAGCAUAAUGGCUCGACAUGGGUCACUUUCACUGAUGUAGAAAUAGCAAUCAUGGCUGUUGGUAAUUGUUCGUCAUCUUAUCUAUGUGCGUGCGUGUUAUGACUGUGUUUGUGUGCCUAUCUUUCCAGCCUGUUGAGAGGAAACUUUAAAAGUCUAUAUUAACUUAUUUUGAGUUUGUAUCAUUUUUUCUAUGAAGGGGAAAUAAUUAGAAAUCUCCUUUUUGCUAUUACUAAUUGUGUUAUUUCCAAAACUAUAUCUUUGCACUACCUAAAACAUUGUUGACAAGAGACCUACUUUUGUACACAGACAGAGACACAGACUGGACAUUUCUGAACAUUAAAUAUGCUUUUUCCACAGCCAACUAGAUUUGUCAACAUUUUUAAUCUUCCUCUAGGCUGUUUAGAGGAAAUAAAACAAUGAUGAUAAAUGUGAAGUUUGUCCAGUUUGUGUCUCACUGUGCCCAAGCAAACUUGGCUUCCUAACUCACCUGUCGCAGCUAUAUCAAAGUGUAGCGUUUUUUUCUUUUUUAAACUUUGUAUAUGCAUGAAUGUAUGAUAAUCUCGUGUACACCAUUUGUUAUAAUUGAGUUGUAAUUUAAAGCUGGCUUGAGUAUCCUUGUAACAUGUAAGGAGUGUGUUUUUAUUGGAUCAGAAUCAUAUCCUUUUUUGAUAAGAUUUGUAUGAAAGAUGUAUUUCUGGGUUGUUGGUGCACUGUUGCCUUUUAUGUUGUUGAUUUCAUAGUGUGCUCAAAAUAAUAAAUGUUCAUAACACUGAUAUAAACCCCUAAA